GCCGCGGCUAUGGAGCAAAAUAGCAGCAGCAGGAAGAGGAGCAUAAUUGUGAGCUAUGCCGGCCGAGACCGGGCUGUAUCAAAGAGAGCCAAAUUUUUCCGGGCAUUCGCUGGGCUGGAUGGCUGUUGUGAAGGGAUGGCCUAAUCAGUGAUUGGAUUCUCUGAGAGUGGGUGGGAACAUGUGUCGAUGCUGGAGCCGGGCGGUGGUGCUCUGUUUCUCGUACUUUCUUUUUCCAGCAGGCUUGCGAUCCGAUGAAGAAUAUGCGUCCUUGUCUGAUUCACGAUGACGCAGAGUUUUCAUGUGGAGGUUGCAUAGUUUUUGUCGUCUUGAGAGGUUUCACGGCGUUGCCCGUGGGGCAUAUUCGAGAUGUCGCUGUGUGCAUCGGAUUGUGAGCGAUUUGAGUCGAAGCGAGGGGAUUCGGUGGAGAUGAGCAGAUUUUGUAGGGAGUUGAGAGGUGUUGUUGUGGUGCGCGCGGAGGUUGAGUGUAGACUUCGCUGGAAUGCCGGGCUGCGCAGGGUUGCAUAGUGAUGGGAGAACACGUCGCGCCGUGUGCUUGGCAGGGAUAGUGAUAGGGCAUGGUGCGAGGUAGUGACCAGUCACAAAUCUUGCCCGAGGAGGAACACGAUGGAGCGUAGCGCGUCCUUGAGAUGUGGUUGUUAGGUCUGUAACCCUAGUGUGAAGAAUUGUAGCGUAGGAAAGAGCCCGAGUUGCUCUAUUAUUUUCCGUUGUAGAUAAGCAGCGGCAUAGAGAUCCAGGCUGGGUGCGGAGAUGGCUUAAAGCUGGCCAGAAUGCCGCCCGCGUGCUCCGUACCUGCGCUUCUGGUGGAAAACGGUAGCACCGGUGAGGACGGAGUGCUCCAUGCAGACGUAUUGCGGAUGCAUUCCAACGGCAGCCAUCCCAAAAGUGUGGGUAAAGGUUCUUCGAAAGACUCCUCUUCCCUUACCUUCGGCACUACUACAGACAAUGACGAGGAGAGGGUCACGGCCUCCGAGCGAGAGAUCCCCAAGGUGAUCACUGUUCUAGCCUCAGUGCUAGACCGUCUUGUUGCAAGAAACGAGCAGUUCGCCAACACCCCGUCCCAACCAGGCGUCUUUAAUUCGAAGAAGCUCACUAUUUUUCACGGCCUGCGGGCGCCCAGCAUUAGCAUUGCGAAGUACUUGGAGCGCAUCUUUAAGUAUACAAAUUGUAGCGCAUCGUGCUUCGUUGUUGGAUAUGUCUUCAUUGAUCGUCUCAUCCAUCGUCAGCCAGAUUUGCUUGUCACGUCUCUCAACGUACAUCGUCUGCUGGUUACAAGUGUUAUGGUGGCCACCAAAAUUCUGGAUGACGUGCACUUCAACAAUGCUUUUUUUGCUCGAGUGGGAGGUGUGAGUGUGGGUGAGCUGAACAGAUUGGAACUCGAGUUUCUGUUUCGCCUAGACUUCAGGCUCACUGUGACAGUCAGUAUAUUUGAGAGCUAUUGUUCUUACCUUGAAAAGGAAGUGAUGGCUACAGAGAAGAAGAUAGAGCGGGUAGAACGAAGGCUGCCCGCGUUCGAUAGUGCCUCCACAAGUCCAGGUGGAAAGUCACCUGUGCAUUGGAAAAGAUCAUCACCUGGACGCCAGAGAGAGUCAUUGGAUUCAAACCAACUUCAGACAGAGUAUCACCAGACUUUUGCCAGAAUAAUGGCUAGAGAUUCGCCUCCAAGUUGUUGAUAUUCUCUCCUUUCUCUGUUAUUAGAAUAUUUAGGUUAACAGAGAAAGAGAUUCACGAGGAAGGAUCAUGUGACAUCGAAGAGAUAGUGUUCUUCAAUUGCUAUUUUCUGGGAAUUGCAUCUAUGCAUUCAGGUCGAUCUUUUCUUUUUCAAGGAUAUAUCAGUCGAAAAGAGCGCACCGGAUGUUUUCUACGCUGUCAUCGAUUAUGAGCACGCCUGGUACAGGCAAUGCAAUGUAGUGAGGCAUCUGCAAAGUGGUGCCAGGGAUGACCGACGAGUUUAAAUUUUAAAAUCUCAUCGCCAUCCUGUCUUUCAAGUCCUAAUUUGGGAUGAAGUUGUUUAUCCGGUUAGGGAACAUGUGUUGCACUAUCAUCUAGUUUGGGUACAAGGUAAGGAAUUCAGCAGUUAGGGAUUUAUACUUGCAUCAAAUGCCUAGAGAGGGAACUUUGGCGUGUGUCCGUUCCUUCUUGGUUGUCAAUAUCAGAAGACACGUCCUUCUCAUUCAGUUCAGUCUGUGUAUGAAACGUCAAAUUUAUAUACAGAAGAAACCGGAUUAGAGUGUCAAGUGACUAGUUAUGUAGUAGAGCUCAAUUUUGAAUGUAGCCGGAAUGAAUUUGGUGCGGGAAUUUGUCGCCAAUGACUGGCUUUGAUUUUGCAUAAUGUGUACCACACAUUGGGAGCAUUCGACUAUUUUGUACUUUUAAUGCUCUUGUAUCUACAUAAUUGAUGUACUUGUUUAA